UUGAGGUAGCCAGAUGCAAUUAGACAGAAGAAGGUUGGCUACCCACGAUUCAAUCAAAAUGGUUUGAUAUCCCAGCAUCAUCAUUUACCUUGCAUAUGUUCAACACUGUACCAUAUGCAGAAAGAAUGGAACAAAAGAAGUACCGAUGACUUUUUAGAACGACAAAUUGAAGACAGAAAUGCUAUGACCCGUAUAGGUCAGUUUGAGGAACAACGCCAAGCAAAAGAGCACUACCGUACAAUAGAUGGUUUCUUUGGACGACGGGGAGGUGGUAAUGUGAAAGGUCCAGAUACCAGAAAAAUUAAUCUAGACAAAGCCAUCCAUAAUCCACAAAGCACUAGUCAGUAUUACAACAAAGUUAGAUUGGAAGAAGAGAUGGCACCGCACGAAAUUCUCAACACGUUUAAACCACGCAUAACCAUUAACAGCACACAUAAGAAUUUAUAUGAAUAUCCACAGGGCGAACUUAAGAGUAUUGAUGUAAGAAAUUACAUGGGACGUGUUUGAAGACAAACUACUCGGGGAGAACGCCUUACGCUGCAGAGUUUUGAAAUAAAUUUCCAAACAGAUGAAAUAGAUAGGAUAUAGCAAUAAAGAUUUCAUAGCACAUUAGAUGUCAUCCUCUUGUAGAUACAGCCAUUUUUGCAAGCCUCUUAAUCAUCUAGAUCCAUAAAUAGCAUGCGUCUUUAUCACAUAGAUUAUUUCAUUAUUGGAACAAUUUGUAUAUAUGAAAAAAAAUGACUUUUGAAGAAAUGAAACAUAUAAAUUUUGAUUUCCAUUUCACAAAUUCCAGAGGAUACUCAUAAAGGGAGUGGGGAAAUCUUGUAUUUCAAUGUGUUUUUAUUAAAGGGCAAAAAUUUACGCUUUUCAUUUUUGUGAAACAGACAGAGAUGUUUGCUCAAUAUUUUAGUAAUAAAAAAUAUUUUUGUCUCAAAUUUAUGUAAUUUGUAUAAUAUAUAGUGUCUAGUGUCAUAAUAUUGUUAAUCAUUAAUGAGAAUUGUUUCUGUGAUAUUUGAAAGAUUUUUUAAAUGUACAUAAUUGAUCUGAUCAUAUUAGACAGGAAAACUUAUUUACAAAAUUUAUCUGUAUUUCUGGAAUGAGCUGCUUCAAAAAAAUGAAGAAUUAAUUCCUUGCCAAAAAGUGGAAUUAAUAUCGACUAAUGAUUAGGCUAUGCACACUGCAAUUUUGGUCUUUGGAUUAAAGUAGCCUUAAAGAUGUCACAAUGAAUUUGAAAAAAAAUGUUUGAAAAACUUGGUGGCUUUUUAUAAGCAAUCAAAAUAGAGUGCUUAUUUGAACAGUAACAGCUGUUUUCAGAUAAUGAUGUAGGAACAAGGGCCUGUCAUUUAAAAAUUAUGCCGGUAACUUUGAACUGUUUCAUUGAAGUUUUCCAAGUUUCGUAUAAUGUAAAUUUAUCUUGAAUUAAAAUGUUACAAAGUAUUUAUAUAUAUUACCAGUAUUCUGUAUGUAGAAAUUAAAUGUCUCGUUCAAAAUUCAUGUUUACAUGACUUUUAUGACAUAGAAUUAUUCCUUAAACCUUUGACGUUCCAUUAUCUUAUUUAAUAAAAUUUGAUAGAUUUCAUUUUAUGAGCCAAUUUGAUUUAGUGAUGUAAGAUCAUGGAUGAAAUUUUUUUCUUCAAGUGUUACAGAAAAAUAUUUUAUUCAGAUUCAAAUGAAACAGUCUGUUUUAUUUUCAAGUUAAGUGAAACAUUUCUAAUUUUUAUUUGAAUGAAAUAAAAUUUAGUUGUAUCUGUUUAAACUGAACAAACCACUUUUUUCUUAAAAAUUUUGAAAUUGAACAUUUUCAACAAAAGGAAACAAUGUUUUAUUUCAAGGAAAGCAGUCAAAUUUUAGUUUAUGUUUAUCAGAUAAAAGCACGACAAAAUAAAUAGAUUAAACAUAUCAGCUUUAUGAAAUAUAUACAUGUAUUGUGCACAUUACAAUGUUUUUAUAUGUUAAUGAUUGUUUAACCUGUGUUAUGAAGAGCAAAAGAAACAUGUGAUAUUUAUGUUUGGUUUGAUUAUUUGGGUCCAGGGAUGUUUUUUUCUAUUUGUUUUCAUUGUAGACUUUUAUUUAUACAGUACAUUUUAAAGCCAUUUUUUAGUUAUAAAUAUAUUUAUAUAUUAUUUUUUAUUAAAGUUUUGUGAUAAAGACUUUUUUUCUUGUUUAUUUUUUCUGUUUUAUAACUGUUUCCACAUUUUUGUUAGAUUUUUAUGAAUAUAUAAUAUUAUAUUUACACACUAAAAAGACUAUUUCAACAUUGAAAAAGAAGUUUCAAUGUUCAUGUAUAUAUGACCAUUUUAAAGAAGCUUUUUCAUAGUUUUGGUAUAAAUAUUUACAAUUUGUGCAGUAAAUUAAGUUUGACAAUAAUACAUCACAUAGCUGAGAUACACUUGAUAUGAAAUUGAGUAUUUUGUUUGUUGAAUCAGUUUGACGUUUCACAAAUUGAAAGCACAUGCAUUUUGUUUAUGGUUCAUAAUAUUUUGGAAUGAUUUUGUUUUAAGAUAUGUUGUUAAUGAUGUUCAAUCUAAAUAAUUUUCUAUGUUGACAAUGUGUUGUAAAGAAGGCUUUUUUGUAAUUUGAAGAAAAAUAAUAAUACCUUUUCCCUAAAUUUACAAGACUGCUUCCUUUAAAGGUAUUCAAUUCUUUGAAGAAAAUAAUAUUUCACCCAAAAUUUAUGAGACAGCUCCUUUAAAGUCUGCAUUAUCAUUUCAUGCAGUUGUUCACAUUGGUUUAACUCUUUGAUGAUUAAACCUUAUUUGCCAAAUUUAUAUCAGAAAAUUCUGUCAAAAUAUUUAACAAAUAUUUCAUUGAUCAUGUUCAGAAAUAAUUGUCAAGAUUUUGCUGUGGAAUACUUUUUUGAUUAUUUUCAUUCAUUCAAUUGGAAUUGAAAAAGAAAAAAUCAACAUGAAGUUCAAAGUUUGUUCGUAAAUUCCUUUUUGCUUAUUUACAAUUUCCUUUUUGUCAUUAAUAUUUUAAUAAUACUUAUUGACAAUAUCUUUAUAUUUUGAAAAACCUAUAUGGCUUUAUUAUAUCAUUUAUUAUUUAGAACAUAAUAAAAAUAGUAUAUUAAUUUAUUUAUCCACAUGUAUUUAAAAUCUUUUUUCUUUCAUAAAAAAAUUCCGUCCAGAUGAAUUGUUUUUGUAAAUGUUUUAAUUGUGUUAAGUGUCAGGGAACAAUAUUUAAAGUUUAAAAAUGUAUAUUCUUACAUGAGAAAAGCAUUGAGAAAAAAACUACAAUGUUCUUUUGGACUAUUUGUGGUUGUUACAGUAUUCAAUACAUUAGAAAUACAUAUUUUGUUAAAAUAUUAUAAGAGCAAACUUCAACUAUGGCAAAUAUAUUAUAUUAGUUAGAUUUUAACGCUAUUUCUGAAAUAAAGUUACACCAUAUUAACAAUGCUGGAAAAGGAACAUGCAGUGCAUGAGCCACAGAUGCAAUGGUUUGUGAAUGGUGUUUUCAAAUGAAAUAUUAAAACAUGUAACAACAAAAUAUAAACAUAAAAUGUUUACUGACAAAAUAUUUAAGUGAAUUUUAUUUUUGUUAGCAUUUGUAUAGGUUAAGUUAUUUUUUUUUUCAAAUACUUUUGAAGAUUGUGUAACAUAAAUAGAUAAUCUAUGGAAAUAGCAAAUUAAAAAAAAACAAACAGAACACAAAUUUGAUAAAAACAAAACAAAACAACUAAGUCAUUUGGAAUAACAUUGUAUUGAAAAUGUCAAAAUGACCUUUUUUUUUUGUUUUUAAACAUUUUCACAGCGAUCUGCUCAAGUGGAAAAUUAUAUUUAAUAAUGUAGAGACAUCUGUUAUAUAUUCAAUUUCAUCAAUAAAUGUAUUUGUUCUUAGGAAAA